UCGCUGGCGCAGCUGGAGGGGCGCGGGCUCCGCGGGCACCAUGAGACCCGAGGCGGCGGCCGGAGCCCGGGAGGCGCGGGAGCGCGUCUGUCACUGUCCCGGGAACGGUCCCCGGGAACCACCGCCGCCGCGCGGGCCCGAGAGCCCCACACCCUGGAGACCUUGGAUCCUGACACCCCAAGAUGCUGAGCCGAACAGAACUGGAAGCCGGCCUGAGCCUGGGGGUGACCAACAAACUUCUGGAUCAAAGGGAGCCUUUGGGUUCCAGCAUCCUGUAAGACUUUAUUUACCCAUUUCUAAGAGUCAAGAAUAUCUGCAGAGUUCCGGGGAAAAAGUGCUGGCCAGUUUCCCAGUGCAAGCCACGAUUCACUUCUACAACGAUGAAUCCGAUUCAGAUGAGGAGGAGCAAGAGGAAGAAGCCCAGCCCCCCGAUCUUCAGUGCCAGGGGACAGAAGGUCCGGUGGAAAACGGCCCAGGGGGGAAGGGCAGAGACCGACUGACAAACCCAGGAUGCAGAUCCGGAGGAUGUGGUGGCCUCGGUGGUAAGGGUCCACUCCCCCACCGUUAUUCUCCAGGGGGUGCUGAGUGCUCCUCAUUCAAAUAAAUCAGGUCUCUCUCCCAUGCCAGACUCACCUCACAUACACUCUUGGGUUCAGCCGUUCCAGGACACUUUGCAUUUCUGCUGGGUCUAGGGAGUCGUGGCUGUUUUGACUAUCUCUGGUCAGCGUUCCACUCAUGGCAAGAACUCAGUUUUCACUUUUCCUGGUCCUGGUGAUUCUUCAAGGCACUCACACACUGAGAAAGGAUUCUAGGACCAAGAGAAGGUUUGUGUCAACAAGGGUUGUUGUUGGGUAGGGCCAACUUUCAAAGCACAUUGAGCAUUACUCUCUGCCGAUCAAAUCAUUAUUCCAACACAGAUUAAUAACCCACCCAUGCCUCUCACUUAACCUGAGACUCAUUAUUUGGCUAUUUCUGCUUUUGUAAAAAUGAUUUAAAUAAUCCCCAAGGGUUGAUGUGGUUGCUCUGUGGCAUUCUGAAAAAAUUUAUUUAUGAAAAACAAACAAAGCAAUGAAUAAUUUCCAUAAGAGUAACAGAAAUAAAAAGAUAUGAAUUUUUAAGGAACAGUUCUGGAUAAAAACUUAUAUGAAUCUUGUCUAAGGGCUGUGUGUAUGAAUAGAGAGAGAGGGGAGCCAUAAUCCCUAGUUGGGAACAGCUUUGGGCUUGUUACUUGAAUAGAAUAACACUUUUCAAUCGAAGUAUCAAAUGUAAAAUUUUCAGUUUUUUAUAUUUUGAUGACCAAAUGAGUGUAUUCCUCAAGGUUUUUUACUUAACCAUCUUACAUGUGGUUCUCUUCCCAGUUUCCCCUUGAAAUAAAUGUUUUGAAAGAAAAAAUGUUUGAUAAUCACCUUUUUUGUUUAAGACAUUUUUAGAUUUAAUUCAUUCUUUAAAGUUUUAAAAAGUUUGU